AUGCCGCCUAAAUCUGCGCCCCGCCGUCGAGUCCCAAGUGUUAUGCAACAUUAUUCGGGCAAUCUCCCCGUGUGGAAAGAGAAGUGGUUUCCCAACAUUGCAGUGGAUCAAUCCCAGCCUAUGAAAGGAGAGAUGAAAUCUCAAGCACACUCGACGGUCCCAGAAUACCAGGUCCCUUUCGGCUAUCCAUCACCUGGAGAACCUGGCUCGCUAUCUCCUGAAAACAGGGCCUCAUUUGAAAGUGUGGCUACCAUUCCUGACGAGGGACAUUCGUCGGGUCCAGACGAGAACACGGACGACAUAGUCUCCCCGUCAAACUCUGAUCACGCCUCGUCUGACGCGCAAAUGAGGUUCCUUCUCGGUGUACCUUCUGUUACAGCAUCAACGCACAGUUGCAACAGCAGAAAGGAAUCUCCCCUUCGUCACACGCCAAGCCCUGGUUCCGUUCCACUCCACUCAGAAGGCGCAAUCUCGGACGACGGGUCUCAAUAUCCAUAUUCAUACUCUGAUUCCACAGAUAUCACCUCCAAUUCCUCAUACAACAUCUAUUCCCCCACCCCAAACCCGUCAUUUCAACAUUACGAGCCCCAGUCACACUCCGAUGUCGCUUCAACAAUUUUCUGUUCCAGUGCCUAUCCUUCCGUCGUCGGGGAGAUGCAGCUUGUUCAACCAAUUUUUGCAAGCUCCAACAUAUAUACGCAGGGAACCUCGACCUAUGCUCCAGCAAGAAGUGGACACCAAUAUCUUCCCGGUGCCCCUGUCGUCAGCGGGUAUGAGCGUACCAACCAGCGCGCUCCCCCUCCUCGCGCACGGACUUACCCACUCUAUGAUGUUUUACGAGGUAGACAACAUACGACGCGCACGCCUCCUCGCUCUUCUGGACUUAACUUCCGUGUGAGCGGUUCGCAUUACCAUCCGUAUCAGCGAUACGCCCAGCUCCCGCAAGACGCCGAGCAGGGAUACUCACAAAGGACGCUGUCUAAUGAAGAGCGCUCCCCAGAGAAUUUUGCCAACUCUUCUCCAUUCCAGUCUUCCGGAAAUAUUAUAGGCGAGGGUAGUUUGCUCUACCAACACCCCCAACAGCACCCCCUUUUCCCAAAUCCACAGCUCCACCUAGGUAAUUUUUCGGAUUACGCGGAAAUUUCUUUCUAG